AUGGGGAAACACUUGCUGCUGCCCGGUCUGCUCCUGUCUCUUCCAAUGACCGCAGCCUGGACUGCUUCUAACUGCCUAGUGACUGAGGGUUCUCGGCUGCCUCUGGUCUCCCGAUACUUCCUGCUGUGCCCCAUGGACUCCAGCCUGCCCUUCCUUGCCUCAUGCAUCUUGGUGACCAAUCUAACACAGACCUUGGAGGCUGUGCCACAGCAUGUGGAGGGGCUCUGCCUCUCUGGUUCCAUUUCUGUCCUGCCCCCAGAUGCCUUCUCCCGCUUCCCUGGGCUCAAGGUCCUGGGGUUGAAUCUGCAUUUCACCCAGCUCCUGCCAGGAGCCCUCCGGGGCUUAGAGCAGCUGCAGCGGCUGCAUUUCAUAGGCCGCCGCACAGAUUUUCUAUAUUUACCCCCUGAUGCCCUUGGCAACCUGAGCUCCCUCCAUCACCUUGCUUUCAUUGGCCCUUGCCUGGAUGGGAGCUUGGGUGUCCGGCUCCCCCCCAGUCUACGAUGGUUGGGUGUGACGUACAGCUGCCUGCAGAAUGUGGGGGUGCUGGCUGAUAUUUUCCCAGACCUGGUGUUGGGCUCCUCCUCUGGGGAUGCCUGGUCCCUGGACACACUGGACUUGUCAUUCAACUACCGGCUGAACAUGACCAGACCUGGGGCCCUCCAGGGACUCCAGCUGAGGACUUUGCUUCUGGCUGACACAAAAAUGGAGGUAACUGCUGUGGUAGAAUCUGGGCUGCAGAGGCUGGAUGUCCUGUCUGUGAAGAAACCUAACAUGGUUGAGCUGCCUGCCAAGGUAAUUGCCCACUUUGAGCUGCAAGAGCUGCAUCUGCAACUUACCCGAAUAGGAAACAUAGCUCCUGAGGCUCUGAGUUCAUGUCACAGUCUGAGGAGCUUGACUCUUCAGAACAGUUUUCUGAGUGACCUGCCACCAGGCUUCCUAACUGCCAUGCCGAAACUUCAGACACUAAACCUGGCAGCCAACAAAGUCAAGAUUGCCAUGCUGUGCACGAAUGGGACAGAGGCUGAGUCAGGCCUGCAGACCCUGGAUCUGUCCCAAAAUGGGCUGUAUACUAUUCCCCCAGACACCUUCUCCUGUUUGCCCCACCUGCGGGAGCUAUUACUUCAAGACAACAAGCUGGCUUACCUGGACAGUCAGGUGUUCCAGGGCCUGAGGAAGCUGGAGACAUUGGACUUGAGCGGGAACCUACACAUAGCCCUGGGUGAGGACUGGCUGGCUUCUCUACCCGCACUGACAACCCUAAACCUCCUAGACACUCAGAUGGUGCUGAACUUAACCUUUGCUUUCCGGGAUCUAGAAAGGCUGCACAACUUGAGACUGAGGCUCCCUUCUGGGCCACCCUGGAAGUUGCUUCUGCCUGUGGGGUUGGUCAGCUUGGAGCUUCAUACAAUCUCAGGCAUGAAGCCUUGGAUGCUGGUUCCUGAUGUCUUUCCAGUCUUACAGACCCUGACCCUAAAAGGCUGGGGACUGCAGCUGGAGGUACAAAAUGUCUCCAAGAUAUUUCCUGUUCUUCAUCAACUCUCCCUGCUUGGCAAUAGCUUGGAGGCCCUCUGCUCACAGGGUACCUCCAGCUUCUUCCUCUGGCAGCUCCCCAGGCUCAAGCAGUUGUGGGUAAGGGGCUCUGGGCACAGCCUUAGACCCUGCUGCAUCACAGGGCUGCCCAGCCUGCAGGAGCUGAAGCUGCAAGGUCUGCAGUCCCGUGCCCAGCCACGCCCAGUGCGGCUUGAGGAGCUGGUGGGUGAGUUGCCCAGGCUGGAGGUGUUGCAGCUGCAACAAACAGGGCUGGAGACACUGUCUGCUGCUGCUUUCCAGCGCCUUGGCAGUCUCCAGGUCUUAGUGCUAGACUGGGAGAAAGGCAUUGUGCUGGAUGACAGCCUCCAGGAACAAAGCCCCCAGAUGCCCCAGUACAUGUAUUUUCUGAUUGCGUCCUUGGCUUGCCAGUGUGCCAAUGCCUGGGUAGGUCACUGGCUCGAGCGGUCCCCCAGAACAUAUGUGCACAUAGUAUCACCCCAGCUGUGCCAGCCAGAAGCUGGAGGCGGCUCCAAGAGUCCCCUUUUCCCUUUUCUCAGAAGCCACUGCCCCAAGACUUUGGAGCUAGGGCUCUUUUUGGGCAGCUUUGUCCUGGUACUUCUGCUGAUCUUCUGGCCAUUGCUACAGGAGGCCAGGAACUGGAUCCGUUAUCUCCAGGCCUUGUUCAGGGCUUGGCUCCAGGGUCUGAGGGAUCAGAGGGGUGAGGAUAAGUUGUUCCUUUAUGAUGUGUUUGUGUCCCACUGCAGGCAAGACCAGGGCUGGGUGGUCCAGGAAUUGCUGCCCACUCUGGAAGGCUGCCUUCCGGCUGGCUGGGGCCUGCGUGUCUGCCUUCCUGAGCGGGAUUUUGAGCCAGGCAAAGACGUGGCAGACAAUGUGGCAGACAGCAUGGUGGGCAGCCGAGUCAUGCUUUGUGUGCUGAGUCAAGAGGCUCUGUGCACACCUCGCUGCCGCCUGGAGCUCCGCUUGGCUACCUCCUUCCUGCUGGCUGCCCCCUACCCACCAGCACUGCUGCUGGUCUUCCUGGAGCCUGUCUCCCUCCACCAUCUCCCCCGCUACCAUAGACUAGCCUGGCUGCUCCGCCGAGGAGACUACUACAUGUGGUACAAGGGAGAUGAAAGAAAGGACAACUUCUGGGCUUGGCUGGGGAGCAGGCUGCGGCAGCCUGGGUAA